CGGUGAGCCUCCCGGGGCGUCCGGGCUUCAGUGAGGCGGCGGCGGCGGCGGCGGCGGCGGCAGUAAAGAGAGCAGUCGGCGGCCUCCUUUCGUAACGUUACUGGGUGAAGCGGCAUCUGUGAGGUGGUGUCCAUCAUGUUCUCUUUCAACAUGUUUGACCACCCGAUUCCCCGCGUCUUCCAGAACCGCUUCUCCACGCAGUACCGCUGCUUCUCCGUGUCCAUGCUAGCAGGGCCUAAUGACAGGUCAGAUGUGGAGAAAGGCGGGAAGAUAAUUAUGCCACCCUCGGCCCUUGAUCAACUCAGCCGGCUUAACAUUACCUAUCCCAUGCUGUUCAAACUGACCAAUAAGAAUUCAGACCGCAUGACACACUGUGGUGUGCUGGAGUUUGUGGCUGACGAGGGCAUCUGCUACCUCCCACACUGGAUGAUGCAGAAUUUGCUGUUGGAAGAAGGGGGCCUGGUCCAAGUAGAGAGUGUCAAUCUCCAGGUGGCCACAUACUCCAAAUUCCAACCUCAGAGCCCUGACUUCCUGGACAUCACCAACCCUAAAGCCGUAUUGGAAAAUGCAUUGAGAAAUUUUGCCUGUCUCACCACUGGGGAUGUGAUUGCCAUCAACUACAAUGAGAAGAUCUACGAACUGCGGGUGAUGGAGACCAAACCUGACAAGGCUGUGUCCAUUAUCGAGUGUGACAUGAAUGUAGACUUUGAUGCUCCCCUGGGCUACAAAGAACCUGAAAGACAAGUCCAGCACGAGGAGUCGACAGAAAGCGAAGCUGACAACAGUGGCUAUGCUGGAGAGCUGGGCUUCCGUGCCUUCUCCGGCUCCGGGAAUAGACUGGAUGGAAAGAAGAAAGGGGUAGAGCCCAGCCCUUCCCCAAUUAAGCCUGGAGACAUUAAAAGAGGAAUUCCCAAUUACGAAUUUAAACUUGGUAAGAUUACUUUCAUCAGAAAUUCACGUCCACUGGUCAAAAAGGUUGAAGAGGAUGAAGCUGGAGGCAGAUUCGUCGCUUUCUCUGGAGAAGGACAGUCAUUGCGUAAAAAAGGAAGAAAGCCAUAAGUGGGGACUGUUGGCUGACUGGAAAAUAAAAGAAUCGAUUGCAACACAUUGGCUUUUAGUUACUGGCUCUGACAGGGAUGAAACUCAUCAGAGAAAGUUCUGUUACUUAAGGUUUGUUUAGAGUUACCUAAGAAUUAUGAAGUGUGACCUGGAAGUGAAGCAGCAGGACUUCGUAGUUGUGUGCUUGAUUUUGGGAAAGAGAAAGCGAUCUCUGAGGUCCCAUAGGUGGCCACUUCCUCACCUCUUCAAGCUUUUAGCUUGAGUGGGGCUCGCACUCUCAUCAAGAGCACAGUUCCCUAAUUCCUGACAAAACCAACAGAGGAGAUUGACUUGCUCAACUUGAGGUGUUCUUUCUCUUCGUUUAUCCUUUCUUUUCCCAGGUCCAUUGCAUAGGUGUUGUCUUUGACCUAGAAAAAAGUGGUUUAAAUAGAUAUGUGCUCUAUAAACAGUGGCUAUUCCACUACUCUGCUGCAAUUUAAGUAUUUGAGAGUGUUUCUGUUUUUAUUUUAUAUAUUGAAUUUUUUUAAGUGACAUUCAGAAGAAAAACAUGAUCUGAAUGAGUUCACACUUUUAUUUUGAUUUCAUAUGGAAAUAAUUGGCUCUUUAGUGAACCUGUUCUAAACAACUCCAUGGUGAAACACAACUAUAAAUGUUAGAAUGAAUAAAUGCUAAACAUAUGUU